ACAGGUAAAACUGAGCUGUGAACCAAUAAUGAUCGCAGAGUGUAAUAAUCGCAAUAUGACAUCGUGUGAUAUACAUGCUUCAUAAUCAUAAUAUAAAUAUAGAAGUCAUAUUGUUUAAGUCAUUUACAAUCAGUAUUAACGGAUUUAGUCUAGUGACGGUGCACUGCGGGCGACCAUAUUAUACUAUAUAGAAUGGAGGGUAUGAGAAGAGCCAAGACUUCAUAUGAUCUUUACGGAGAACACCCCCCUGGAUCAAGCUAUGGAGUAACAGCGUAUGUACCUGUAUCUAGUCCUGUACCACGCCCACCUGUAACAUGUACAGGAAGAACCACACCUUUACAGCGACCUAAAACACGACAAUCCUUAAUAGUUGAUAAUGGAAUACAGCAGCGACCUUCAACACGACAGUCUUUACUAGCUGAUAAUGGACCACAACAGCGACCUUCAACGCGACAGUCUUUACUGGCUGAUAAUGGACCACAGCAGCGACCUAUUUCACGACAAUCAGUACUGGCUGAUAAUGGAACACAGACUGAAGUUGCAGAUGUUUCAACUGAUAAUCAUCCGUACAGUGGUUCAAUGGAUCCAGUUAACAGACAUUAUUACUUCAGAGAAUGGUGUAGAAAUCCACCAAGACCACAAAUGCCCUUAAACCGAUCUGGAAGAUUAGGAAGCACUUGGCGACAUGUUAAAACAACAUUUAAUCCACACGGUUCACAUAUAGCAUUUAUUGAUGGUACAGUCAAAGAAGAGGAGAAUUACUUCUACCCUCCAGAAUUAAUGUACCAGCCGCCUAAUUUCACUUCCUAUAUUCCACCAAGAAUGUUUGCCACCCCAUCUUUGUCUGCUAGUCCUAAACAACCUAAAUAUAGAACAACUUAUAACAACAAAGCUAAACAAGGUUUUAAAUAUUGGUAUCAAGAUCCGAAACCAAUAGACUCCUACGAAAUGCAAAGAAGGGCUAUGGUUGAAAACUACUAAAUAAUUUUGGCAUCAAGGUAUAGAUUAAAAGCACAGUGGCUGACUAUGGGACUUUAGUCAUUCUAUUAUGAAGAAAUCUUUCAUCAAAUCGGAACACUUCUAUUUCAACCAACAACAUUGUUAAAGCUUUAAUUGUUUCAAUUUUAAAUUAUUUUU